UGCAACGCUUCGCUACGCCACUUGACAAUAGUUCGAAAUCGUCGAGAAUGACAAAACAACUAAAUAGAGACAUGAGCGAAUGUCAGUCAACAUGCCGCUAUUGGAUUGUUUUUUUUCCACUUUACAACGACCAUUACGAUUCCUUCACUAUGGACUACGUAGUCAAAACAAGUAGGCUAACUCGAAGAUUGAAGACAAGCAGGGGGAUGUACGGUAAGGUAAGAUAGGCCCUACAGCAUGUCACUUGCGAAAUGUGACGACAAAGUAGCCUAAGCUAUAGCCUACUAAUUCACGUUGUAAAAAAUGUAAUAAACUUUAUAGCUUUAGUCUGAAGAUACUGUCGAUCAUAUAGGCUAUUCAUUGCGUUGAGUGGGGUAAGGCGUGGAAAGGGAAAGCGCGUCCUUGCUUCUGGAGUAUUGGGGAAUUCUGCUCUGUCGUUUUCCCUUUUCAUACUUCUCAGACUUAGGCUAUUAAAGUCACCAACUCAGCUGCAAGAUGUUAUACUCAAAGAAGUCUUCGGAUCCGUUCCAACGAAGGAUUUACUGUUCCUCAGCAAAAUGCAGGUCACAUUUACAUGGAAUUGUUUUUUGCUUCUUAGCGUCACUGGAAGCGCGCACUGUGCCUGUAGAUGGCUCCAAAUGUACGAACGCUAUAAUGCGGAGUGCUUCAGACUUUUGAAAGACAUGGGAGGAGAUUUCAAAUCAGACGUACCCAGAAUUCCAAAUUCCUAUAUUUCAGGCCUAUACCUCCCUGUGAACAAUGCCACGGCUGAUGAGAAGAUCACAUUCCUGCAUGAGGCUACAAAGCAGAUAGUGAAGCUGUUGAACAAUUCAGAUGUGACAGACACUUGGGAUAAGACAAAACUGGACAACCUGCUCAACGUUCUCAACCAGCAGUCUACCAACCUUGGGCAUUGUGCUGAACAAGUGCCAACAAGAAUGUAUAAAUACAGAAAAUCACUGAAGAAACUUAAGAAACACUUCCAUAUUCUAAAGAAUUUCCUGGACAAAUUGAAGUACAGCAAACAAUCAUGGGAGCAGGUCAGGAAAGAAGUUGAACAUCAUCUACACAGGCUGCUGUUCCUUGUCCACACCAUGUCCAGGGAGUACUGAGGGGGCGAUGGCACACACUGGAUUUAGUAUUUUCAUUUGGUUUGGGGAUACUUAACUGCCCACACGACACCAUGGUGGUUGUCCAUCAUGGUUGAUAACGACUGUUCCCUGUCGACACCCUGCAUUUGGCAUCAAACAUUCACAUUUUGAAUUCCCAACAUACGACCAAGCCAUCAAUGGACUAUUAGCUUGUAUGCUUCUUAGACCAUGCCUUGAGAACAAACUAUUUAUUGUAUUUAUUUAUUUAUUUUUAUUUGAUCAUUUAUUUAUUGAUGAGCUGUAUUUAUUUUUGUACUUGAGAAAUGUCUGUUUAAUGUAGAUCAUUAAACUCUUAAUAAUGUGAUUCUGUACUUUGUAGCCUAUACUCUACUCCAUAAUAAGAAGAUAGUGGAUUACUGAUGAUAUAAAUCAUAAAAAAAAUACUAAAACUGAAAAUAUAGAUGAGUUGUAUUAAUUAAGAAUCAUAUGGGACAUGUUUAACUAUGAGAAACACCUAUUGUGCCACAUCAGGAUAUUUUUAUGCUUGAAUAAUAUUGUAGACCCUUAAAAUGUCACAGACAUAAGUUGGAAUGAUUUCCGAAUGAAUUUAUGUGACACAAAUAGGAUUUUCCUAUUGAUCACAUGUUCCUGAUUGUAUCUUACAGUCUUGUAAUUCCAAUAACAAACAAACAAUUUUACUGGCAAACUGUGGAUGAUUAGCACAUAAUAACCAUUGGGCACAAUGCAAACAAAAUAACAUUGGUCAGGCCAUGGCCCAAGGUUAUCAGGGUCUGGGCCUGACUUUUUAGGUUGUCCUAAAAUUGAAUAAUAAUAAUAAUAAUAAUAAUAAUAAUAGUAAUAAAAAAAUAACUUUUUGAAAUGUAUAGCCUGAAUAAUCACUUGCAUACUUAACUAGGAUACUAGGAUUACUAGGAUACUUAUAGCCUAGUAAUUUUAUUUGGGGUUUUGUGAAUUGUUUUGGUAUUGCUUGUAUAUUUAUUAAUUUGUGAAUUGUCCUUGGGUGUAUUGAAAGGUGCUUUAUGAAUAGAAUGAAUAAUAAUUUUAUUUUUAAAUAUUUUGUUUAUUUAUACAACUUAAUGACAGAACUCAACAGAAUAAAUUCCUAAAUCAUAUAGGAUUGUUGCUAUCGGAAUUCUGCAGGAUUUUGGUUCCAAAAUCAGAUUGGAAUCCUAUAGGACUUUUUUGAUACGGGUAGCAUCUGUGGUAUGCUUUCCAAGGUUAUUUGGGAUUUAUGCUGUUUCUCUUAGAGGGAGCCGCCUCAUAAUUUAAAGGGGUUCAGGUCAAACUUGGAGAUAUGCAACAGAUGUCUGUUGUUAAGGGAUACAGUCUUGUGUGGUCAAUGUUAACUAGUUGGGUGAUGUGGUCAUUGAAUGAUUGACAUACCACAAAUAGAGAUGUCAUCUUUGUCAAGCUGUAUAAGAAGUGUAACUUUGUAUUGUAUAGUCAGACUGCGUCUGUUAGCAACACAACAUACUGUAAGUCUCCGGCACCAUGAAUAAAGCUCUCUGAGAUAUCUGACUGA